AUGCCCCACAGUUUCGGAGGGUUUGAGCCACGAUCCGGCCCCUUUUCCUCAGGACGUACCCAAUAUAGGGGCCAAAACUUUGUCCACCUUUCAGGGGAAAUCAGUCUUUUCCCUAAAGAGAUCUCCUCCAACACAGCAUUAGGUCUGCCCGCAGAGGGGUUGGCAGAGGCGUCUGCCAGCCCGCAGAGCUGCUCGGAGGCCGCCUACAGGUGCAAUCCCGGCACUGCGGCCUGGGCAGCGGGACGGGGAGGGUGCGAGCCCCAGCCCAUCUGCAUCGCUGCCUGCCUCUUGCAAAGCCUGCGCAGGGCCCUCCCCCGCCCCACGCCCCUCGUGCCAGCCGCCCUCUGCCCCCGGCUUCCCCUCCUCUGCCCCGGCGCGGUUUGGAAAGGAAGCUGGGAGCCCUCCGAGGCUCCGCAGACUCGGGUUUGGAAGAGGGUAGGGCGCGGCCGAGGCUUCCCCUCGAAUCUGCGGCCAGCCUGGCUCCGGGAAAGUUUUUCAAAGUUCCCAGCAGCGCCUGCCCAGGUCGCCUCCGCGGGGCGAGCAGACGGCGGCCAGCGCGCCAGCCUCGCCGCCGCCGCCAGCCGCGCGCUCUGGGCGACUCUCUCGCUCGCUAGCUUGCUCGCGGGAAGCCGGCCCGGCUCCCGGCGGGCAGGCCCUCCUCCCGGGGCGAAAGCCGCAGCUGACGCAGGCGGCUCGGAAGGCGGAAGCUGCCCCGCUCCGACUGCUCAGGCAGCGCCGCAGGGCCUACACCUGGGGCCCCGACGGGCGGCCAGAGGCGCCCGGCCCGAGGUGCCCGAGGGGGCGGUCCGCGCGGGGGGCCCCGGGCGUCUAAGUGGCUUAGCGCGUCCCAGAGCAACGGAGACCUUCCGUUCCUCCCCGCGCCCUACCCCCUACCCGCCUCCCGCCUGGCCCAAAGCGCCCGAGGGCGGGGGUCUGCGCUGGGCCCCCAGACGUCUACGCGUCCCUGCGCGUCCCUGAGCCCCCUGCCCUUUCCAAGUUCCUCCCUGUACUCCCCCACCCCAUCCAACGGGAGGGAAGGGGCGUGUCGAUGGCGGACACGCCCCUCAUGAAUAUUAAUAAGCGCGCAUGCGCCUGCCAGGCGCGCUGGGUAGAGGUGGCUAGCCCCGGCCGCGGCUCCCAGACGGGCUCUCUGAGUCCCUCUCCGAGAGCCGGGCGGGCACGCGUCAUUGUGUUACCUGCGACCGGCCCGCGAGCUGGGUUCGGGUUGUUUUUUUUUUUUUCUCCCCUCCCUCCCUCCUCUCUAA